AUGGUUCCCUCAGGCGAUGACUUAAUACAGUCACCCAGCGGACUACAAGGACACAAUGAUAGAGGCCCUCCCCACACUCAAAGAGAGGCUGGUCAAGGGGAGAUCCCCAACAUCCUGUUCAGUGUUAUUAAUGAUCUCUCCAAGGUGAUUGCUAAGAAGAUGCCCUCCGCCCAGCUGCAGAACUUCCUGGAGGUUUUACAGGAGGGGCUACUGGACCCCCAGUCUCACAGUUCAUCAGGGGCAUGUGUGGUUCUCAACGGCCUGCUGAAGACUCGCGGGGCAGAGAUCCUUAGUCAGAUUUCUGGAAAAAUGGUGGAUAACAUAGUUACCUCCCUUCACAGUAAACUCGCGAGUAUAGACUUCACACAGACUCGGACCGGGACACUGCGCUCGAUUCGGACACUCGCUACUCACCACCUGAGCUCAGUCCUUAAAACAUUGAUGAAUUAUCAACUGCCAUAUGACAGGUUUGCACAAAAUCUUAUAGACUCGCUUAUAGACUUAAUGCUAAAACACUGGUCAGCUAGCCCAUGUCUGGUAGAAUUGACAGAAAAACGUUUGAAUCAAAU